AUCUUUCUCUCAUUUCCUCUUUCCCCUUCAAAUGUUCUCUUCUCAUCUCCUCUCCCUAUAAAUUCCUUUUAUACAUAUAAAAGCUUCCUCUUUCAAAUUCUUACCGCUCUAAUUCGUACGCUACUAGUUUCUUAUCGAAUUUCACGAACAUACAUACGAUUCGAACCAUAGAUCUAUCAUUUUUUCAUCGAAAAGGUAUUCUGAGAAGGUGGUAAAGAAGGAUCGUAGAAGGAAGAUCUACAGAAAACAAGUGAUUUGAUGGCGGAUCCUCAGGGGAUGGAAGGGAGCCAACCUGUAGAUCGCUCCAAGCAUCCAUCUGGAAUUGUCCCUACACUCCAGAAUAUUGUGUCGACGGUCAAUUUGGACUGCAAGUUAGAUCUUAAAGCUAUUGCAUUGCAAGCUCGUAAUGCGGAAUACAAUCCCAAGCGUUUUGCUGCGGUGAUCAUGAGGAUCAGGGAACCCAAAACGACGGCCCUAAUUUUUGCUUCUGGAAAGAUGGUUUGUACAGGAGCCAAGAGUGAACAACAGUCAAAAUUGGCAGCUCGGAAGUAUGCCAGAAUUAUUCAAAAGCUUGGUUUUCCAGCAAAAUUUAAGGAUUUCAAGAUUCAAAACAUAGUCGGCUCCUGUGAUGUUAAAUUUCCCAUUAGACUUGAAGGUCUUGCAUAUGCUCAUGGUGCCUUUUCAAGUUAUGAACCAGAACUAUUCCCUGGAUUAAUAUAUCGGAUGAAACAACCAAAGAUUGUGCUGCUUAUUUUUGUCUCAGGGAAGAUUGUUCUCACUGGAGCAAAGGUCAGAGACGAGACAUAUACUGCAUUCGAGAAUAUCUACCCAGUUCUCAAUGAGUUCCGUAAAGUCCAGCAAUGAUCUAUUGAAGAUUGACGUCGGGCUUAAGGAUUGCGUGGAGAGUGAUCGCAUUGCCUCUAUUGGUGGCAUGGGUUAUAAAUGUAAAUAUUCGGGGGAUCAUAAUCAGCUCCAUUGGCAGAUGUAUAAUGACCGAUAAGAUUCACAAGAACGAUCGAUUCCCUCACUUUGAAUAUGGUGUGUUUUAAGAUUGAAAAGCUAACGAACUUCCAAGUAAUUUUUAGUAGCUUAUUCAAACUUAAAUAAUGUAUAUUAAGUUCAAAUUUUGCUUUUGCUACUCUUGAUGGUGUAUGUUUUGGUGUUGCUCAACUGUUGUUAUGCUGUGUACGUCUAUGAUUUUAA